GCCCUCAGUCACGUGAGUUGACAGCUAUCGUCGUUGUUUACCUAGGCCAUGCUCACGCUCACGACAGGACCUUGGUGAGCGAUUCAGCGAAAUUCUGGUGUGAUGAAAACAAAAGAAGACAGGAUAUGGCCUGUGAAUGUGACAUGAGUAACUCAUCCCGUCAUACAGGCGAAAGGAGGACUCUUAUUGUGGGCCUUGUAUGCCUUGACAUCAUAAAUGUGCUGGAUAAUUACCCACUAGAAGACACAGACACUAGAGUUCAGGAUCAGUUGUGGGAGAGGGGAGGCAAUGCUGCCAACACUUCUGUUGUUCUGGCACAACUUGGAGUAAAGACUGAAUUUAUUGGUACACUGGCAGACAGUACUUUAUCACGGUUAAUGGUGGAAGACUUUCACAAAUAUGGAGUUCUCAUUGAUCACUGCAUAUACCACAACAACUGCAAGCCACCCAUGUCAUGUAUUAUUGUCAACUCAUCCUCAGGAACUAGAACAAUUCUGCACAGCAACAGAUCCCUCCCAGAAGUGAUGUAUGAGGACUUUGAAUUAUUGAACCUCAACAACUACACGUGGAUCCACUUUGAGGGUCGAAAUGUUGAAGAAGUGCUGAAAAUGAGUGAAAGGGUUGUCAUGCACAAUGGACAGUUCAUAGAAUCUCAUGACCGAAUUCAAAUAUCUUUGGAACUGGAGAAACCUGGAUUGAAACCUUCCUUUUGUAAACUACUUCCAAAGGCAGAUGUCGUUUUUUUAAGUAAAGACGUAGCUAAAGAAUCUGGUUUUCAAAAUGGAGAAGAGUGUGUGCUGAAGUUUAGUAAAGAUGUCAAGCCGGGUGCUGUAGUAGUUUGUGCCUGGGGUGAGCUAGGAGCUUGGGCUGUAGGACCAAAUGGUGAAGUUGUACACUCCCCAGCCUUUCCACCUGCCAAGAUAGAAGAUACUGUGGGUGCUGGAGACACUUUCAACGCUGGAGUCAUUUAUGCCCUUUCCAGGGGUAGCAGCAUACUAGAAGCUAUCAUGCAGGGUUGUAAAAUAGCUGGAGAUAAAAUUGGACAUCAGGGAUUUAAGAUUGAUGCUGGCACUGUGACAACAUAGUCGUAUGUGCAUGGUGUGGCACGUGGUGUUUUUUUUUCCCUUCAGCUCAGGACACAUGGCACCAUGCAUUCUCCAUGGUGAAAACAAAACACGUCCCACAUUACAGUUUUUGGGGGGUUAUUUUUUGUAUAUAUAUCAUGUCAUUAAGGCCAAGUUCUUCUUUUUUUAAAGAUAUGACUUACAUGUACUCUGCACCGUACACAUCAAAGCUGAGAGAUUUGCUGUACCACAAGCUAUGCUACACAUUAUCCAAGUGAAGUAAUUGAUAUGACAUUAUAGUUUUGCAAUCUUGAUAUGAAACUGUCCUGUACCAUAUUCAAGACACAGUAUGAAAAAUGGUUGAAACAUUAGAAAUGAGGAAGUGCCUGCGUGUAAUUGUCAGUGUUACCAAGUUGUGACCUACAUGAAUGUACAUCUAUACGUGGGAAUGUUUACCUUCAGGUUCAGUAUGUGUAUGAAUGCUAAUUUGGGAAAAGCUGCUUGCGGCUGAAACAUGCUUGAAGAAUACUGUAUCAAAAAGGAAAAUUCCAAAUGAAAGAAAUACUUGGAAACAACUACACUAAUAUAUAUAUAUAUAUUACAUUCACUACAUUUAUAAUAAUGAAAUGUUUUAUGUUGUGCUGCCCUUUUGUUACUUUCAGUGCCUUAUUAUUUGUGAAUUUGUCAAAGUAUAAAUCGUUUAUUUUGAAUUAUGAAUUCAGCUGUAAUUUUGCCAAUUUUCUGUUCUAUAAUUUAUGUAUUUUAUUCCAGUGUAUAAUAUUUGUAUACACAAUGCAUGUUGUUCUUUUCUUUACAAUGACCUCUUAAACUGUCCCACACAAUUUAUCAACUCAUUCAGCCUUCCCCUGCUUAUUAAAAUGGCACAUUGAAACUGCUAAACAUAUCUAA